GUCCAGACGUCGCUGCGCUGCCAGGUUCUGCGUGCGUCUGCGUCUUCUCUGCCGUUCUGGUUCGCCGUGUUACUACCUGCUAGUUAGUGCAUGACAGAUGAGCAGUCUGUGCAGGAGCACCAGCAGGAUUGACAAGCAGGGAGGGGGCGCGCGCAUGCCAAAGUCAAUGCCAGCACGCCUCACCACCACCAUCCCUGUAUCGUAUUCCCACACACAGAGAGAGAGAGAGAGAAAGAGAGAGAGAGAGAGCAAGAGCAGGCGACAAAGGGACCGGACCAGACGCCUCAGUCUCAGCUCACCUCACCUCACCUCACUCCUGCGCUACGCUACGCUGCUACUCCGACCUCAGUCUCAAACACGCCUCUCGCGUCCUCAAACGCCCCAGGCCAAGACAAUGCGAAACGCGACCAGGGCAGGCCAAGCCAGGCGGGCACCCCCUGCGGUGCCCCAAGCACUCCAAACCCCUCCAAACCAGGUCCAGUCUGGCACGGACAAGGUUGGCUCAGACAAGCAAGCGCCGUUAACCUAACUUGCUCAGCUAGUUAGUGCAGUGGAGCCCGCCUCGGAGCACUGCGAAAAUCGUUAAUAUGCGUAGGGUUCGGCGCGUCACAUGGGACCCUGAACGCUUAUCACCGGCGGUGCUGGUGCUGGUGCGUGGGGCCGGAGAGGCAAGUCGCAAACAAGGCGCACGAAGAUGGGCGGGCGCGUGUAGGGAGGAAGUUGGAAGG